AUGCCGAUUGACAUUAACGAAUUGCGUGAUUACAAGGGAGGAGAUCCCGCGAAAUGGCGGCGUCACAUGGAGCAACGCUUCAAGGACCCGUCCAUUGUGGAUCAGGUGUUGGCGCGGGACGCGGACUGGCGUGAACUCCGGAGCACCAUUGAUCAGAUCCGCAAGGACGUCAACAAGCUCCAGAAAGAAGUCAUUGCACCCAAGAAAAAGGCGCGGGAACCCUGUGACGACGAAGUCGCGCAAAUGAAAGCCAUGCAAGUGGAUAUCAAAGACAAGGAAGCGCAGUUGCCCAUCGCCGCCGCCGAACGCGACGCCCUCCUCUACAAAAUUGGCAACGUCGUCGACCCGGAAGUACCCAUUAGUAAAGACGAAGACGCGGAUAAUCUCGUGCUCGCCUACACCCUCCCCGGCUCCAAGCCCUUGACGCACGAUGAACUCCUCUGGCGGAUUGGUGGGUACGAACCCGUCCGAGGACAAAAUGUCGCCGGACAUCGCGCCUACUUUCUUACCAAUGCCGGGGUCAUGCUCAACCAAGCCAUUAUCAAUUACAGCAUUGCCUUUUUGAGUGCCCGUGGUUACAACGUCCUACAACCACCCUUCUUUAUGAAUAAGGAAGUCAUGGCAGGCAUUGCCCAACUGGAAGAUUUCGACGAACAACUCUACAAGGUUUCCGGAAAGACCGACGAUCCGGACGGCGCCACGGAAAAGUACCUCAUUGCUACCUCGGAACAACCCAUUUGCGCCUACCACAAGGGCGACUGGAUCGAUCCCAAAACACUGCCGCUCCGCUACGCCGGGAUAUCCACCUGUUUCCGCAAAGAAGCCGGGUCCUCCGGUAAGGACAUUCGCGGCAUUUUCCGAGUCCAUCAAUUCGAAAAGGUGGAGCAAUUCUGUUUGACGGUGGACGACUUUGAAAUCUCACAGGCCGAACAGAAACGCAUGCUACAGGCCGCCAAGGACUUUUACGAAUCUCUCGGCGUGGGCUACCGCGUCGUCUGCUUGGUGUCGGGCGAACUCAACGACGCCGCCGUCAAAAAAUAUGAUCUGGAAGGAUGGUUUCCGGGUCAAAACACCUACCGCGAACUGGUCUCCUGCAGCAACUGUACCGAUUAUCAAGCCCGCGGUGUGGGCGUCCGCUGCGGCAACAAGACCAAAUCGAUGGAUUUGACGGCCCGGGCGUCCUACGUACACAUGCUGAAUUCUACACUGUGCGCAACGGGACGCGGCAUUUGCUGCUUACUGGAAACGUACCAAACGGAAACCGGUGUGGUGGUACCGGAAGUGUUGCGCCCUUUUAUGGGUGGCACAGACUUUAUGCCCUUUGUUCGGGGUCCCCCGGAAAUGACCAAAGGCGAAAAGAACGCCGGAAAAAAGAGUGGAAAGAACUAACUGUAAGGGAAAAGCUUGCUUUCGAUUUCAAGGUUGUACGGUACGGUUACUCCAAAAACUAUUCGUAGGAUGGAGGAUAAGAAAACGCUGGCUGCCCCAUCCAGAGCAGUGAAAUGAUACUCUAGUCUCAUGCAAC